AUGCCUCUCACCGCUAGCGACAUCUGCAAGUUCAUUUUCGCCAUCAUCCUCCCUCCUCUUGGUGUGUUUCUCGAGGUUGGCUGCGACACCCACCUUUUCCUCAACAUCCUUUUGACUAUUUUCGGUUACAUUCCUGGCAUCAUCCAUGCCAUUUACAUUAUCGUCACGAGGUAA